CCGGCGCCAGGCACAGGUCGAGACACUGGCAGUAAACACGCGUCAGCUGAUCGCCGGAGCAGCUGGAAGUGUCAAUACUCCCCGCGUGUCGCCUCAGCUGUGGUCAGAUCAGCUGUUGUGGUCUUUCUUCUUCUUUUCCUGUCAGCGCGGCUCUCCUGGCACCUCAUGACCUACGGGCCCGGCGAGUGAGUGAGGGGGGCUGACCCUCCACGCCCCCCCCGCCGCCACCCGCCCCUUCCCGCUAACCGGACAUUGCUGCUCACCGGAAAUUGCUUGACCCUCGUCCCAGGCUGUAGACUUUCACUUUUACCCUUAUUAGUCAGCCUUCCUCGGUGGUUUGCAUGGGCAGGAGCAUGGGAUGGGCAUUUGCCAGGCUCACCUUCCUCCCCACACUGGCCUUCAAUGUGGCUAUGCGCAGAGUGUCGGCCAGGAAGUGGUACAACCAUGUGGACGACCGCCUCAUCCUGGGAGCCCUGCCCUUCCGUAGCAUGACGAAGGAGUUAGUGGAGAAGGAGGGCGUGAAGGGCGUUGUGUCCAUGAAUGAAGACUAUGAGCUGAGGUGGCUGGCCAAUGCAAAGAAGGAGUGGGAGGCCGUUGGAGUCCAGUUCCUGCAGCUGAGCACCACAGAUAUUUUUGAGGCCCCAAGCCAGGACAAGCUGCAGCAUGGAGUGAAGUUUAUCCAUGCAGUGGAGGCCAGUAGUCCUAGUGGAGCAGUGUAUGUGCACUGUAAGGCCGGGCGAACCAGAAGUGCCACCCUGGUUGCCUGCUAUCUCAUGAGCAAAUACAAUUGGAGUCCUGAGAAGGCUGUAACACACAUAGCUGAGGCACGACCACACAUAUGGCUGGGACCCCGCCAGUACCAGGCACUUGACACCUUCUAUCAUACCAUGGUGCAGAGCUGACCUCCAAUACUGCCCUAACUCCUCCUGUCAGUCAAGGUGACACUGUUCCUAAAGACCCAGACACACUUGGGGGGGAAAGUGGAAGGUGACAUGCUUAUGUCAUGUUACCAGAGCCUUUUUUCUAUCCAAUUUUCUGUGCCCAGGAUGGGUCAAUGGUGUGACCCAGGCAGGUCUGGCAGGAGGCAUUUUUAGGUAAUGUGUGGCAGUCUCUCACAGCAAGUCCUGGGUCAACUGUUGUUGGAAACUUCUGUACCAUUUGACUCAUCAGAUCGCAGUGUAGAUGAACUCUGUGCCUCAGCGUCACCAUCAGUGACCCAGUGUCAGUGGUCACCCCUAGUAUGUUCAAGGCUUCUCUGAUCAUUCUUCUGCAGUCUUGUCCUAACUCAGCCUCAAGGAUGGCUGCCAGCCUUGCUAUGAGUACUGGGAAGGUUUGAGUCUCAGGAGAGUAAAGGUGUCUUUACACAGGGCAGUUUUUCCUGCCGGUAAUGCCACCAUGUGCUAGCCAGCUUGCACAUGCAGCAAGUUUUAUUGCCGAUGUGUUUACACAGAAAGGCAGCUGAUCUUCGAAGAAAUAUAAAUAAUAUAAGUAAGGUAGCCCUCCAAAUUGGUAAUUUUCACUAAGUAAACACACGACAACAAAUUAGUAACUUAUCCUCACUAAAUUGGAUGCUUACCCGCAAUAAUAAUUGGGAAAAAUUAGUCCCUGGUGGUAUUGAUAAUUUUGCUCAUGAAGACACACACUCAUUAAUUGAUCCUAAUCCGAGUGCCUAUUCUUUUAAGAGAAUGAGAUACAUUUAAAGCGUUUGGUGAGGACCACCAUUACUGAGUCCGGAGGCAGGCUGUUCCUAAGUAGGCUAUAUAUGGUAUCUACCUCAGCAGUAUAUCCUUUGUGUGUCUUCUGUGCCUAACUCAUUUAAUCUUACCAAUGUAUGCCCUUCUUCUCUCUAAAGGUAUAUUUGGAGUCAUGGAGAUGCCAAAGAACAGAAUCACCAAGUCGAGGCUGUGAUUAGUUUUGGGCAUCCCAUUUUUCCCUAUUUCUAACAAGCUCACACUGAUAGUUCUAUUAUAUGUAACUUCUGCAGCAUCUACCUAACUACAUUCAAAGCACCCAUGAUACUUCAGUUUGGCUGGUGAUUAUGUGCGAGGAUGCAGCACAGUUUUGGCCCCAGACCCAGACCUAAAAUACCAACCGAUUCGAAAAAUUGCUGCGAAUUGCCCUGAUUAGUCCAUAAACACCAACUCCAGCUAUAUGGGCAUGUGGUGAACCUUGAGGAUGUCUAUCCUGCUUACAGGGUUGUUUCUGUAUGAGAUGACCCUGAGUGGAGGAGACCAAGGGUGCAUCCUCGUAACUCAUGGCUGGGGCAAGUCAGCCAAUCUUGUUGGGAAGGACAUGGGAUGGACAGGGCAGCUGCAUAGGGGCUUGCUAGGGAGGACCGCCGGGAAAUUGGACGACUAGUGAGUGAAGCGACACGCCCCCAUGUAUAUGCUCCCCAUUAGUUAGUAGCCCUGUGUAAAGCCAUCUUAAUUUCUGUGUAGUUUUCCUUGGUAGCUGUCUACUGCUUUUUUGUUAUCUAUCUAUGUGUCUGUAUAUCUGUAUCUCUCUCUAUUUUUUUCUUUAUCUUAUGGCUAUGAAGUAUAUGCUACUGCAAAUGAUAUAGUAAAAAUUGAAUUUUUUAUGUUUCAGUAUAGGGUUACAACCAAAUCCUCUGUAUUUUUUUAAAGCUGUUACCAGAAUGACAAAUAUAGUCAGAUAAAAUAUUUAUGAAUAAGCUUUGUUGCCUAGCAUGGGAGUUACUAGUUUGUUGGUUACUUGUUGAUGGACUGGUGCACUUAAACCUUGAAGAAGUGCUGCCUCCUCUGCUAGGCACCAACUCUCAGGGACUUGAGUAGCUAACAACUAAGUUACUACUGAGCUCUUCUACUGCAGUGAAAGCAAUGGAAUGGGUGCUUGUGUUGAAAAUUAAGUACUGGUGGCAUUACUAGCAGUUUUAUACCAUGAUAUGAUAGUACUAUAUUAUAUAAAAUGCAGAACAUAGCUGAUGUGAAAGAAUUUUAAAUUUUGCCUAGCAAGAAUAUUCUUUUAACCCAGUAGCAGCGGGGAUCAUGUUUCUUAAUGGUCCCUCUAAGCGAGAAAAAAAAAAAAAAAUCAUCACUCACUCAAACCAUUUCAAAAUACAUAUCAAAGCAUUUGUGAUCAGUUUAUGCAUCAUCUAUUUUAGAGGGUUUAUAUUAUGGCACAAAUUUGGCCCGUCGCUGCUACACUGUAAAACCACACAUUUGGCCCGUCGCUGCUACCAGGUUAACUCUGCUCAAUUUAGAUACAUAGUCUGAGUUAUUCAGUACUGGCUCUGAUAAGAAUAACCAUCAAAAUGUAACUGAAACUACUGUUGUUGCUUGUGAGGUGCUUUAAACCUUUUUGAUAAUCCUGUAAAAAUCUUGUAAGUGCCGAAAUUAAACAAUAUCAAGUU